AUGGAUGAACUCCCUAAAUCAUGGAAUCCUAGGCGCAAUAAUUUAUGGAAUUACUCCAAGGCCAAGAAAGCCCGAGGUGGUUUAAAGAAGAGUAAAGAUUUGACUAAUCAGAAACCUACCCCUGUGCCACUAGCUUCGACUAGCCUCUAUAACUCUGCAUUCAGUACUGCUCAGAUCCCUGUCGUCAAUACUAGCGAAUCCACUACUAGACGCGGACCCUGGAUUGCUCCGAGCACAACGACUACAUGCAUCAAAUUAUACCUAAGCCACCUAAAGGAUGACCCGCAGCCUUACAAUGAUCAGGUAAAUCACGACUUAUCUGCAAGCGUACUCGCUACAGUGCCUAAAGUUGUUGACGACUUCGCACACUACCAAGUUACACGUGAUAGUACCACAACACUCUCACUUUACAUGCAACCUAGAAGCAUUGAGGGUAGUUGGGUAGCCGAUUCAGGCGCAGCCAACAAUAUUGCAGAUGACAACGCUACAUUCUUGAAAUAUCGUAAGUACAGCCCUAGUGAUGUCAAACCUACCUUUACAUGUUCCAAUGGCACCAUCAGUACCACACAAGCUGUCUCGCCUAUCUUGCAACAUAGGCGACUUGCACACCUAGGCCACAAACGCACAAAAUUGGCAGAGAAGUUAGGAAUUGUUGAACCAAGCGAUGAUCAACAUGAGUUUUAUGAAGUAUGCCAAUUAGACAAGGCUAGACAGAUUAUCUCUCGCGCCAAUAUGCCUAAAGCCAUGAAAGUUGGAGGUAUUAUUUACGUCGACAUACAACAUAUCAAACCUACAGCCCAUGACGGCUCAAAUUACGCUACUUUCAUCCUUAACAAUUAUUCGCGGAUGCUAGAAGCAAGAUUCCAUAUCAAUAAAGAUGGCGCCUCUAAAGCUCUUAUUGAUUACUGUAAGGAAUUCCACAACUCAGCAGGCUGUUGGCCAGUUCUUAUUGCUAAAGAUCUUGGGAGAGAGUUCAAUGUCUUCAACAACUGGGCCAAGAACUUGGGAAUCUUGUUGAGGCACUCUCUACCGCGUACAAAGGAGCCAAAUAGGGCAAUCGAACGCCUACAGUUCUUUAUUGUGCAAAUCAGCCAAGUCAUGAUCAUCGAUACAGGAUUACCGCCUAAUCUAUGGCCCUUUGCGAUCGACACCACCAUCUACAUUCACUCAAGGCUACCUUUGGUAGAUAGAAAAGAAGCGCUGAUACAAAUUUGGCGAAGAGGCCUUUUACUCCUAAACCCAACACUAUACCUCGAACAUCUCCGUGUAUGGGGAUGCAAAGCUUACGUAUAUAUUCCCAUUGAGAAUCGCGUUAAAGCUGAAAAGGUGAAGCCUAAGGCCCUGAUUGGUCGAUUAGUUGGCUACGUUGGAGAUCACGGCCACGUGUAUAGAAUCUGGUAUCCGGAUACAGGCAAGACAGAAGGCGAUGAGGAUGGCACCCUAGAUAUUGUCAACGACGUGCAAUCUAUGCCUAAGGCAGGUUGGGGCAAACCCAUAUCAAUAAAAGUUUUUGAUGCGAAUACGUCAAGCAAUCGCUCCGAACGCCUAUUAUUGACAGGUGAACCAUCUCAUGAGGAUAUAUUCACUAUCCUAGGCCAGGAUCAAGAGACUACAUUCAAUUAUCAUGAAAAUCAGUACGCACAAUGCCACCUAGUGACGUUAUCCCCAUCUCCAGAGAACCUAGCCUCAGAUACACCAAUUGAGUCAGUGGAGUCUGACCACAAACCCACAAGUGAUAUUCAGGAUAUACAAAUCCACGAUUCACCACCAGAAAACAACAACAAAGACCUCUCACCAGAUCAAAUGCAGCUCCUACAGGAGACUGCAGCCACGCAGCCAGCUGAGCCGCAGAGACUAGAGCUAAGGCGUUCUAGCUGCUCAACCAAAGGUCAGCGCUCUAUAGCAUCAUUUAAAGAGGAACAGACAACUCAAGCCGAGCAAGAACGACUCCGCCGUGCACAGAAAAAGGUCAAGUUCGCCAUAGAAACUGAGGUCAAUGAUGAUCCCAAUGAGUCUACAAACCCUAACGCGUUGAUAGCCAUUGCAGCCACAGGCCUAACAAAGCGCAAGUGA